GUUGGCGCCCCCUUCUGACCCGGAGAUGCAAUAACCAGCUCUCGUUUAAUACUCCAGUACAGGUAACCUCGCCCCCCCAGGCUAACAACAACAACAACAACAACAACAACAACAACAAUAAUAAUAAUUUUCUUCAAUGAAAAUCCGACCAUUCAAGUCCAUGCCUUGGAGUAGCAAGGAAAAGUGCAUAAAGAAAACAUUCAUUCAAGCUCAGUUUGCUGCACUCUGAUCGACUCUGAUGCACACUGGUCCAAGCCAGAUACCUGGCAUCUCUUCACACUGGUCCAAGCCAGAUACUCUGAGCUGAGGAAAUCCUCAGGUUUGAGUGAAGGUUUUCAUCAGUGAGACGACUCCCGUGUGAUGUUUUGUUCAUCUUCAUCAAGGAGGAUGGUUGCUCACACAGAUAUAUGCUGCCGAACAUAGAAAGCAUUGGAGCAGCUUGGGUAUGGAGCUGAGUCAGGGGUGUAACGUGGAAACUGUGCAGCGCCCACAGCAUGAUACUUGGAUUUCAGUGUGUCACUACCCUGGAGUACAAUCAGCUCUAUUUGGAGGAUAGUUGGUGCGCCUUCCACAUCAGCUGCAAACGGAUUACUAAGCAGUGCAAACCUACAUUUCUCGACAUCAAAGUCGACAAAUCGCCAGUGCUGAUGGAUAUCAAAUUUGUAACUGGGCAAAUGUACAUGAAAGAGAAUGGAACAAGACAAGCACUCUAGUGAAGAGUAUAUAAAGAAGAACCUGCCCACGGUUUAUUGCACAUAGGCAAUAUGGGCAAGCUGCUGAUCUGCGUUGGACUGGCUCUCCUGCUGCAUGCACAGCUAGGAUCCUCUUACUUGCUCUCAUGUUACUUCACCAACUGGGGGCAGUACAGACCAGGAGCGGGGAAAUACUUCCCCACCAACGUUGACCCUUGCCUGUGUGACCAUCUAAUCUAUGCCUUUGCUGGCAUGAACAACAAUGCGAUCGCGACUUAUGAGUGGGAUGAUGUAAAGCUCUAUGGAGAGUUCCAGGCCCUGAAAAACCAGAACAACAACUUAAAGACACUUCUGGCUAUUGGCGGUUGGAACUUCGGGACUGCCAAGUUCUCCGCAAUGGUGUCCACCUCAGGUAACCGCCAGAACUUCAUCAGCUCUGUGAUCAAGUUCCUGAGGCAGUAUGAGUUUGACGGUCUGGACAUUGACUGGGAGUACCCUGGUUCCCGUGGAAGCCCUCCUCAGGACAAGCAGCUCUUUACCAUCUUAAUGCAGGAAAUUAUGGCUGCUUUCGUGGCUGAGGGUAAGCAGACCAAUCGCCCACGUCUUAUGCUGACUGCUGCCGUCUCUGCUGGCAAGAGCACCAUUGAGUCUGGAUACCAGAUUGCACAGAUUGGCGAGAUUCUUGACUACUUCCAUGUCAUGACCUAUGACUUCCAUGGCUCUUGGGAGCAGCAGACUGGGGAGAACAGCCCUCUGUACAAAGGACCAGCAGAUCAGGGAUCCUACAUCUACUUCAACGUGGACUAUGCCAUGAACUACUGGAAGAGCAAUGGAGCUCCUGCUCAGAAGCUACUUGUUGGCUUCCCGACCUACGGACACACCUUCAUGCUGGCCAGUGCUUCUAACACUGGUGUUGGAGCUCCUGCUAGUGGACCUGGUCCUUCUGGACCUUAUACCAGACAGUCUGGAUUCUGGGCCUAUUAUGAGAUCUGCACUUUCCUGGCUCAAGGAGCAACUCAGGAAUGGGAUGUACCUCAGCAGGUGCCUUAUGCAUACAACAGCCAGAAAGUCUGGGUGGGUUAUGACAACAUCAAGAGCUUCCAGAUCAAGAUUGACUGGCUGAAGAAAAACAACUUUGGAGGCGCCAUGGUGUGGUCUCUGGACCUGGAUGACUUCUCUGGUACCUUCUGCAAGCAGGGCAAAUACCCUCUGAUCAACACCCUGAAGAGCGGACUGGGAACUGGCCAAAGCUGCACAUCCCGUACCCAACCCCUGCCCCCAGUCACACCCACCAAGUCCCCACCUCCACCUCCUGCUGGUGGUGGCAGCAGCAGUGGAGGCAGUAGCAGUGGAGGCAGCCCGAGCGGAGGCAGUGGUUUCUGUGCCGGCAAGGCUAAUGGACUGUACCCCAGCGCCACCAGCAAGAACCAGUUCUACAACUGCAACCAGGGCAAGACCUACAUCGAGCACUGUGCUGUCGGCUUGGUCUUCGAUACCAGCUGCUCAUGCUGUAACUGGUCUUAAACUCAUAGCUAAUGCUUGCACGCUGCUCUUGGCGUUGAUUCCACUGGUUGUUCUUCAAACAUGUAAAUCUCUGUUCCAGAAUAAAGAAAAGUCAGCAAAGUAA